AAAGAAUGCAAUAAUCAAAUUAUAAAUAAAUUUGUUCAAAGACAGUCAUCAUCAACAUCUGACUCAGAUAGUAGUAGUAGUAAUGAAAAUAUAAUACUACCAGUAAAAGACUUAGACCAAAAGAAAAAUGUAAAUUGUGAACCUGAAAUUAACAAACUUUACCUAAAAAAGUCAAAUAUAAAUAUAAUAACCGAUUCAGAAGACCAAAGCAGCUCUGAUGAUGAUAAUUAUACAAAACUUAAACAAAGUAUAUUAAAACAAGAUGAUAUAAAAUCAUAUUCUGAUGAUAAUACAAAACUUAAACAAAGUAUAUUAAAACAAGAUGAUAUAAAAUCAUAUUCUGAUGAUAAAAAAACUUAA